AUGCCGCAGGCAACACUUCCACUGCUGGCAAAGAUUUGGUUCCUUGCCGUGACCCCCGUUGUGGUCUUGGAUUCCAUCUUCGUGCUUACGCGCGCCAAGAGCGUGAACCUCCCGCACCCCCUGGCCGAGGUAUUCCCCUUCAAAUACUGGGUCCUCUACGCCCAGUACGACCGGCGCUACGCUGCGAACAAUGACCCCUUUGUCGUGGUGCAGUCGUGGCUGAACCUGGUGGAGGUGGCGAUGGGUCUCUUUGUGACGCUGUUUGCUGUAUGCAAUGCUCAAAACCUUGCCAUCAAACUUUCGAUCGUGGUGUGCCUGAUGACGCUAUACAAGACGGUCUUGUACUGCCUCAUGGAAAUCGCCGAGGGAGGCAAGCACACGCGGCACAACACCUUUCAGGAGAAGCUGACAAUGCUCAUCGCUCCAUUGUCGCUGUGGGUCAUCGUUCCAUCGCUUAUUCUUCUUCAGUGCUUCCGCGCGCUCGCCGUCGCAAACGUGCCAGCGCCCUCCAAGCCAAAGGCCACGGCGUCCCAGCAGCAUCAGCAGCAGAAACACCAUGACAACAGCAACAAUCAAGCCAAGAAGAAGAACUAG